CCACACCCUGCAGUGAAAUUGUUCAAUAUUUGAUUUAAUAGUUGUUUUCAUUUUUUGUGAACCUAUCUUAACUUCUUUUCAGAUAAUAAAUCAAACUGUUUUUGUAUACUUACAUUACAAUUUAUUUACUUUUCUAAAAAAUGGAUAGUACCGAUUUUGUUGAUCCAGAACAACUCGAACCUUCUCUACAGAACAUAAUCGAUCAGGAUAGUUUGAAAUGGAUCUUUGUCGGUGGUAAAGGAGGUGUUGGUAAAACUACUUGCAGUUGUAGUUUGGCCAUUCAAUUAGCUAAAGUCCGUGAAUCAGUACUCAUACUAUCAACUGAUCCAGCACACAAUGUAUCUGAUGCUUUUGGACAAAAAUUCUCUAAAAAUCCUACUAAAGUUGAAGGUUUUGACAAUUUAUUUGCCAUGGAAAUAGAUCCUGAAGAUGACAGUGAACAUAACUACUUUAAAGACAUCGAUGGUAGUGAAAUAACGUUCUUGUGUAACAAUUUUAUAAAUGCCGUUGUACAAGCUGUUCCUGGUAUUGAUGAGUGUAGAAGUUAUGCUCAGAUUAUGGAGUUAAUUAAGAAUAUGGAAUAUUCAGUUGUUGUAUUUGAUACAGCUCCUACUGGGCAUACUUUGAGACUACUGACAUUCCCUUUGGCUAUGGAAAAAUCUUUGGAAAAAAUCUUGCAAUUUAAAGAUUAUAUAGGCCCUUUCGUAGAUCAAAUGCUUUCAGUUUUUGAUACUUCUGUUAAUAUAGAAGAAACUACACAAAAAAUUGAAGAAUUGUUGGCUACAAUUAAAACAAUUAAUCAACAAAUCAAAAGUCCUGAAAAAACCACAUUUGUUUGUGUAUGCAUUGCUGAAUUUUUAUCAUUGUUUGAAACGGAAAGGAUUAUUCAAGAAUUAACCAAAAAUGGAAUUGACACUCAUAAUGUCAUUGUUAAUCAAUUGCACAUUACUAAAUCUGAAUCGGCUGAAGCGACUGAAUCGGCUGAAGCAACUGAAUCGGCUAAAGCAACUGAAUCGGCUAAAGCGACUGAAUCGGCUGAAGCAACUGAAUCGGCUGAAGCAACUGAAUCGGCUGAAGCGACUGAAUCGGCUGAAGCGGCUGAAUCGGCUGAAGCGGCUGAAGCGACUGAAUCGGCUGAAGCAACUGAAUCGGCUGAAGCAACUGAAACGACCGAAUCGACUAAAUCGGCCGAAUCGACUAAAUCGACUGAAUCGGGUAACAAUUGUAAAAAGUGUUCUUCUAGACAGGCAUUACAGCGCACCUACUUACAACAGAUAAAUGAUUUGUACUUUGAUUUCCAUGUUACUAAGCUUCCAUUAUUAGAUAAUGAAGUGCGAGGUGUUACUGAUAUAUCAGAGUUUUCCAAUUAUUUAUUAGACCCGCAUUAUGUUUAUAAUAAGCCCGAAUAAGUAACAAACUUUGUUCUGAUUUUUUUUUUUUUUUUAUGUUUAGUUUAAACAAAAAAUUUUUAA